AUGUUUCUCUUAUUCGUAUCCCCUGAAAGCCGGCUGAGGCGUCGCCACGAAUUUGCGAGCUUCUCAUGGGCUGGAUGGGAAGGCAAGAUCCUCUGGCCACGUGAGAAUUAUACGGCGUACGACGAGAGAGAUAACGGUUCUUGGAACCCGGAGAACAUCACCAAGUACUUUUCAACGAAAAGGCUGAUAGAAUGGGCUGUGUGGCCGAGAAACCAGCGUAUAACAAAGCUGUCACGUCCUAAACCCGGGAAACAGACUCCGUUGGGGAUACUUCUUCAACAAUUUCCAUCACUCUUCCCGGACGAUGAAAUUUCAGAGAAAUCCAAUCUAAUCAAGUCUAUGGUGAUGGUGGAUUAUUCGAUUGACCCUGACCGCCUUGGCUACUACGAAACGAAAAUUGAGUUUCCCUGGGUAGCUUUGAAAAAGGCAAAGGCAGCUCUUCCUGGCAGAGGUGAGGUGAAAGAACAAGAGGCAACGACCGAAGUUUGGGACAAAUUUAAACUCAUUGAAAAGGCACUCGAGUCUGUCAAUAGUCAAUCCGAGUACGAUCAGCUGCUUGCAAAGUUUUCAAUAACUCGAGACAGUAUGGAAAUGAAGUGCAUACGAAACUGGUUGGCAUGUCGUCAAUGGAUCAACAAGUUGAGCCGAGUUUUCAGCAAAUUAUCCCAUGUUCAACCACCAUUGCUUGGCAGAAAGAGCACUACUUCUUUUGAGAACCCAGACAUUCGAUCCACUCUGAUGGAAAUACCAAGAUGCAGCGAGAAGACAGGAGAGGAAGAUCUAUAA